AUGCAGACGCGCUUGGAUGAAGCAGAAACUGCUGCUUUGAAAGGUGGUAAAAAAGUCAUUGUUAAACUAGAAUCGCGUAUUCGCGAGCUUGAAAAUGAACUUGAUGGCGAACAGAGACGAUAUCAAGAAACAAACAAAAACCUUAGUAAACACGAUAGGCGCAUACGCGAACUGCAAUUCCAGGUAGAUGAAGAUAGAAAGAAUGCUGGAAGAACAAGAGACCUCAUCGACAAGCUGCAAAAUAAGUUGAAAUUACAAAAGAAGCAGAUUGAAGAAGCUGAAGAAUUGGCAAAUGUAAACCUGCAGAAGUUUCGCCAGAUACAGCAUCAGUUGGAUGAUGCUGAAGAGCGAGCUGAUCAUGCUGAAAACUCGCUUUCAAAAAUGCGUGCCAAAAGUCGUAGUACUAUGACAGCUUCACCAGGUGUGCAAAUUUCUCAGUCAGCUAUUCUUCGCUCCUCUUCACGUUCACAGUUUUAG